AUGCUAGCUGGAAAAACUCAGAUUCAAAUAACAAAAACUAUCGUACCAUCAUCAGAAAAACAACCAGACGAAUCCUCUUCAUCUCGGAAAAUAGUAUCAAAUAACAGAACUGACUUAUAUCAAAAAAACGAUACUGGAUAUAAGGAACAUCAAAGAGUUAACAGGACUAUUUACAACCGUAAUAUUGCGCUUAGUACUACUAAUCACAGUCAUCUUAGUUCUUUACCUUAUCGAAAAAGAAAUAUUAAUCGUGUACGUCUCGACCCGAUCAAACAAAAUCGCGCAAUGGUUAUUAAUCAGCAACCAAAAUCGUCAUCACACAGAAACCAUGUUCCACAUCGAUCAAUUACAAGAACAAGAAACUUGGUCAAGAAAGAAAGAAGACUAAUUCCGUUGUCUCGAGAUCAUUCUUCAACAGUUAAUGUCAGCGAACCUACAGAGAAUACCAAGAUUAAUGUUCUUUCGCCGACAACCAAAAUGAAUAUUAACUAUGACGAAACAAGCAGCACAACACAAAUUAAUGGUAAAAAAGUUAAUGGGACAACAAACCAAGCAGAGUCUGUCGUUUCACUUAUCGGCGAUUCAUCGUCAAGAUCCAGUAUCAAUGGUUAUAUGCAGGACCAAGACAAAAACAAUACAUUUAAUGAAAUCAAAACUAGACCGAUAAAUACACCGUCUCUACCAACAAACAGCAAUGAAGAAAGUGGUGAAAUAAAAUGUGACUCAUUAGAUGUGAAUGUAUUCAAUUCUAAGUUUUGUCAAUUAAAACAAAAUGCUAUUAAAAAUAAUUUCGAUCGUACAACAAUCGAAGAAUGGAGACACGACACGUUGGAACAAUUAAUUUCAUCAAUAAAAGAUUUUUCAUUGGAUAAGCAUCCUGUUGAUCAAACAUGGAUUAUAUUCUACUGGAUUUCACAAAAUAUUCAAUAUGAUAUCGACUCAUUUUUUCGACACAGCAUCCCAAGUCAAAAUCCAAAAGCAAUAUUUAAUAGUAAAAAAAGUGUUUGUGAAGGUUAUGCUACAUUAUUUAAAACGUUAUGUGACAGUAUACAAUUACAAUGUGUAAAAAUUAGUGGUUAUGCUAAGGGUUAUAAUUAUAGACAAGGCGGUUCGUUUUCUCGUACAAAUCAUGCAUGGAAUGCGGUAAAAAUUUAUCAACAUUGGAUAUUACUCGAUUCCACUUGGGGUACUGGUCAUGUGUAUCAUCGUCAGUUUAAAAAGAAAUUAGAUUUGCAUUACUUCUCACUCGUCCGGAUCAAAUGA